CCUACUCGGUCUUCUCAUCCGUCAAUCCCUCUUCCUCUCUCUCCUCAGCUCUGCUCUUCCUGUUCCUUUUUGUUUUGCAGAGCACCACGAUGCUUCUCAAGGCCUCUGCUUCUCUCGCAUUCCUCUCCGCCUCCUCUGAGGCCUCACCGCCGCAUUCCCCUGCCGCCCUCCUGCGCGGGCCUCACCCUUCCUUUUCUGCGUCUUUUCUUCCUUUUAGAUCUCCGGGGGGAAUGAUGAGGCGCGCAUCUGUCGUGGCCGCCGCCGCCCCUUCUGACCAGGCCAUCACGGGAGUCGUGUUUCAGCCCGUCGAGGAGAUCCAGAAAGAGCUCUCCGUCGUGCCGACGGCCCCUGGCUUGUCCAUCGCCCGUCAGAAGUACGACGAUGAUUGCGAGUCUGCCAUUAACGAACAGAUCAAUGUUGAAUACAACAAUUCGUACAUAUAUCAUGCCCUGUUCUCAUACUUCGAUCGCGACAACGUGGCGCUGAAAGGCCUUGCCAAGUUCUUCAAGGAAUCAAGCGAAGAGGAACGGGUUCACGCAGAGAAAUUGAUGGAAUACCAAAACAAGCGUGGAGGAAGAGUGAUGCUCCAAUUGAUUUGUAGGCCGCCCUCUGAGUUCGAUCACCCUGAGAAGGGGGAUGCAUUGUACGCAAUGGAAUUGGCGUUGUGUCUUGAGAAGCUGACAAAUGAGAAGUUACUUAAUCUACACAGUGUUGCUGACAGAUGCAAUGACGCUCAGCUGACUGAUUUUAUCGAGAGUGAAUUUCUUGAGGAACAGGUGGAUGCUAUUAAAAAGAUAUCUGAAUAUGUUGCUCAGUUGAGAAGAGUCGGGAAAGGACAUGGGGUUUGGCAUUUUGACCAGAUGCUCCUUCAGGGAGAUGCUGCAUAAGGUUGAAGGAAGGAUGUGGGUGGCUCUAUUUCGGUGUUGUGGUUGUGGUAGAGGUCUCUUUUCUCGAAGCUUCGAUCUGUUUGUUGGCAUGGAAGUAAUUGAAGCUUAUGUGUUAGAAGCAGGUAGUUUCUUUAUGUAUUAUGUCUUGGUCUACAUGGAAUGGUAAAGAUGGUUGGUUAUGCUCAUUAUUGCUUGAUGUUAGGAUAUGUUAUCAGAGAAUCGAAUCUAAUACAUUGGCAAUAGCCGGUCAAAUUAACUUAUGACA